AUGGCAGUUAAACGCUAUGGUUUACUUGGAUUGAAUGGAUGUGGAAAAUCUAUUUUGCUUACGGCAAUAGGUUGCCGUGAACUUCCGAUUCCUGAGCACAUGGAUAUCAAUCACCUUAGCAGGGAAAUUGAAGCCACAGAUAUGUCUGCAUUGGAGGCAGUCAUAAACUGCGACGAGGGAAGAUUGAAGUUGGAAAAAGAAGCGGAAGCUUUGGCUGCUCAGGACGAUGGUGGUGGUGAAACUCUUGAAUGGAUUUAUGAACGAUUAGAGGCCCUAGAUGCAGCAACUGUAGAAAAGCGUGCUGCUAAAAUUUUACAUGGUCUCGGUUUCAACAAGGAGAUGUUCACAUUGAAGUUUCUCUUGAUGCUCUAUGUAUAUGUUUUAGUUGUUGCUUUUAAAAGUCUCACUAAUACUCCUUACAUCAUCCAUCAAAUAUUCUACCAUAAUCAAUCACUCAGAGUUUCCAAUGCUGCCUUUUCAUCAACCAACAACACUAAUACACCAGAUUCUUGUAUUUCUGCUACACACAACCUCACCCUUCCUCCAACCAGUACCUUCAAUUUUCAUCAGAAUAAUCAUAAGGAUAUCAUGUUGUUCUUUAGCUGUAACCUGUCAUCCAUGCCCCUAGAGUUGUUAGAUUAUAGAAUUGGGUGGUCUGAAGCGACCAACAAAACGGAUGGUUUGGUUCUGGCAUUAUAUAAGGACGAUGUAAAAACAGUAAGCUUGGUGUCCAAGAGUUGUGAGACUGGCGGAGAGGUGGUGGACGCGGUGGUGGAAGAGAGUGAAGGAGUUGGGAUAGAAGAGAAGCUGAGGAGAGGGUUCAUGCUGAAUUAG